GGAGGAUUGAGGCUAGGAGAGGAGGAGGAAGGCUGAGGAGAGGCUGCCGCUGCUGAUGAGGCUGCUGUGUGUGUGUGUAUGCCCCGCGCCUGCGCUCUGCGGCUCCAGGGAGCCCUGAUUUUGUCCGGGAUUCCCAAUUCUGCCGCACAGACCGGAGCUUGUGCUGCAGCCGCCUGAAGAGGGACAUCAGCACGGCCAGGGUCAUCACCAUCCAAACUCCGACACAGACCCUCCCUCCAGGCGGCCAGAGGGGUCUCCAUUGUCCUCGUAGCAGGUGAAUCCGCCGAAGAAGCAAAAUGGGUAAACAGAACAGCAAACUUGCCCCUGAGGUGAUGGAGGAUCUGGUGAAGAGCACAGAGUUUAACGAACAUGAACUGAAACAGUGGUAUAAGGGUUUUCUGAAGGACUGCCCCAGCGGCAGACUGAAUCUCGAUGAGUUCCAGCAGCUCUAUGUAAAGUUUUUCCCAUACGGAGACGCAUCAAAAUUCGCCCAACACGCUUUCAGAACCUUCGAUAAGAACGGAGAUGGGACCAUCGACUUCAGAGAGUUUAUAUGUGCGCUGUCCAUCACUUCAAGGGGAAGUUUUGAACAGAAACUAAAUUGGGCUUUUAAUAUGUACGACCUGGACGGCGAUGGUAAAAUCACCCGAGUGGAAAUGCUGGAGAUUAUCGAGGCCAUCUACAAAAUGGUGGGCACCGUGAUAAUGAUGAAAAUGAAUGAGGACGGCCUCACGCCUGAGCAGCGGGUAGACAAGAUCUUCAGCAAGAUGGAUAAGAACAAAGACGACCAAAUUACGUUGGAUGAAUUCAAAGAAGCCGCAAAGAGCGACCCUUCCAUUGUAUUAUUGCUCCAGUGUGACAUUCAAAAAUGAGCUCACCUGACGCGUUUCGGACUGCACAAAAAUGUCAAUGUUUCAUUCAGUUUGCAGCUAUCUCCACGACUAUUACAGAAAACAAAAAAAAAUAAUCAAAAAUAAUUGCUUGGACUACCUAUAAAUGGACUUGCUUCUUGUGUUUGAGACACUCGUGUGCAUGAGAAUGUCAUUUGCUGAAGAUUUUAAAAGUAUAUAAUAUAUAUAAUAUAUAUAUAUAUAUAUAUAUAUAUUAAAAACUAAAAAAAAAGAGGAAAAAAAAAUUCUGCCACAAUGUGAAGUGUACAAUGUAAUUUCAUAGGUCCCGAACCCCUGUGCAUCAGUAAUGUAAUGCAUAAUGCUAUUUAUUGUUUUACUGAUGCUAGCUGUGUGUCUCCUUUUACGUGUUAGUGGUAGUGACACUGGUUACCAUGGCAAUGUUACUGUUCCGACUAGCUCAUUUCACCUGCUGUAAAGUAGUCCCGGGCAGGCGGAGGGACAUGAACUCAGCUCAUGGAUCUGCUUACGUCCCUUUUCACACGUGCUCGUGAUGUCGGUGAAUAUAAAUGUAAUUAAUUUGCAUGCCUCUUAGGUUUGCCUUAAUUCUUACCUCAUUUGCAUCGUUAGCGAAUUUGGAAAGAGCCGUAUCAGAGAGAGAGAGGGCGUAUAAGCAAGUCACAAGUCCCACUGAAACCCCCAAAUUCAUCCAGAGAGAUAUUAUAAAUUACUAUAGAGAGAUGUAUGUAUAUAUAUUAGUUCACAGAUAUAUAUGUAUGUUUAUGUAUAUAAACAUUAUAUACAUAUGUACUCAUACAUAAGAUGCAUAUAUGAAAAAAUAUACAGAUGACCUAUUGUUUCAAUGGGAGUGUGCGCAGUAUUGAUUUCUCAGAAAACUGUAUUUAUGAUUUCUGACUGAAUUUUCAAAAGAGGUUGCAAUAUAUGUCCCAAAAUAAAUAAUUUAUACCAUUUGA